UCAGGUUUUUCGUUUGUUGUACCUCAUAGUUUGUGGAGUUCAAUUUAUUAUUUAGUUUGUGGUAGUAAACUAGAAAGUGAAAACUGGACAUCCUACAGAUUUUGUUGUUUUGUGUUAUUACUUUGCUCGACCAGUGUUAUAAUAUAAUGUGAACUACAAAACAAUAACCAGUAAAAUGAUAAAUGAUAAGUUGAUUUUGUCGUGUAACGAAAUAACUUCGUAGUGUACUUUAGAACCAAUAUUUACAUCGAUUGCUAAAAUGAAGUGCUGUGUGACUUCGUGUAACUCGACAAACACAAUAUACAGCAAUUCGAAAUCAAUUACCUUUCAUAAGUUUCCUGUAGACAAAGUUCGGCGAGAUGCCUGGUUCGCAGUCCUUGGCAUAGAAGAGAGCCAGCUGCCAGAUUCUCCAGUGGUCUGCUCUCUACAUUUUAAAGAUGAAAACUUCUAUGAGGGCAAGAAUGGGUUAAGGGUAGUGCAGAGGUGUGCUGUGCCUUUCGUUCAGGUCUGUGUGGUAUGUCUAGACACUGACAGCAAACUGUAUCCAUUGAGCAAAUAUAAUUUAGAACAGACGUACGAAACCAUAACUGGACUUGCGUUGCGAGAUCUUACUAACUUCACGGCUACAGUAUGUCCAGAAUGUGCCCAGCGGUUAUUAAACUGUAGUCAGUUCAGAGACAAGAGUUUGAGAGGUCACGCUGCGUUGGUGGCGUUAAUCAAAAAACACGAAUUGCUCACAGUACCUUAUAUAAAAACAAUAAAUCGCUCUCACAAUAAUUUUACAUCUAAUCUAGUCAAGAAAACGUUCAAACCCAACCACCGUGACCGUAAUUUUAUAGACAAUAAAGAUGACAUGAGACAAGAUGAGACAGAGAUUGAGAUAGAGGAAAAAGAAGAAAAACUCUUAGUUAAAGUAGAAAAGCAAGAACCCGUGUUAGUUUUUGAACCUGUAGCAAUAAAUGAAAAAGCGAAAGAUGAUAGUCAUAAGGAACUAUCACAGCGAGUUAUAAAAAAUGAUUUAAAUGAAGAUAUUGAUAUUGAUAUAGAUUUUCUGAACGAUGAUUACGACAAAGAUGAUGAUUUUUACAAUAACGAUGAUGAUGACGUUUCUAAUGACAGUGCUGAUAAAGCUUUAGGUGUGAAAAAUGACAAACUACCUGUCAAAAACAAGGCGGAAGACAGCGACAGUGACGUGGAACUGGUCAAUAAAAUAGAAAAUGACAGUGACAUAGAAGAGAUAAAACACGAUGAAAAUAAUGAGAAAUUACAAAAUAAAGUCAGCAGAACAUUAAAGAGAACCAGAAAAGUUACUUUCAAAAACGGCCGCAACGCUAAAGUUAAUAAAGCACAGAUUAAGAGUAACAAAAAAAUAACUAAAAAAGUUAGCGGGGCAAAAGCGAGAAGUACAAAUCCUAGAGCGGUUAAAUCAGAAACUAAAGUUAACCUCAAAAAGUCUAAUGUUAAACCGGAUCCAGGUGCCAGUCUCACCCUCUUCGAAAUGACAAAAUUAACUCACGAGGAACAAAUACAAGAUGUUGAGAAGAGAAAAGAAUCCUCCAAUUACAAGUUCUCCAGCUUCCAAUGCAAUUUCUGCUACAGAGGCUUCAUAUGCAAUUCUACUUAUACAAGACAUAUGGAGAAACAUUCUAAGGCGUUCGGAAACGUGGAAUGCCCUAUAUGCAAGAAGUACUUCAAGGACCGCAGUUCACUGGCGAAGCAUGCAAAGAGCCACACCACGCGAUAUAACUGCACCCAGUGCGAAUUCUUCUCUAUGAACUUGGAAUCUGCUCGGAUGCACGAGCGCUGGCACAAAGGGUCCAAAUACAAAUGUCCGCAGUGCGACGACGAGUUCUCCAAGUACACGACAUACAUAACCCACCUGCGAGUAAAGCACCCUUCGGACUUCAUCUGCAGCCACUGCGGGUACUCGUUCAUCAGCCAGAAGGGAUUGGAGUUCCACAUAUACAGGACCCAUAGACUCGACAAAGUCGCGCUUCAGGAGGAGUUGACGGGCCCGCGAUGCGAGGAAUGCAAUAUACGCUUCGCGUCCGACACCGCGUACGAACAGCACAUGAAGGUGUCGCCCAAACACCAUAAGCCCGAGACGGGUGUACGGAACCAGUUGCUGCCGCGGCGUCGCUACAAGAAGGGAAGCGGUACGACCUACGUCACAUGCGAACAAUGCGGCAUGCAGCUGAAAGACUUCACGAUAUACAUGUUCCACUUCAAGCGGGAGCACCCGGGCGAGACACAGACACAACACGCCCUGCGGCCCCGGGAGUGCCUCUGCGAGCAGUGCGGCCGGAGCUUCCAGACUGCCUUCCAUCUAAAGGACCACAUGACUAAACACACCGGCCAGAAGAACUUCCAGUGCAAUGUUUGCGACAAGCGGUUCCGCACCAAGGCCUUCCUGGACAAGCACAAAGAGACGCACGCGACCACGAGGAAACUGCACAAGUGCCACGUGUGCUGCAAGACAUUCACCAGCCCCUCCAGCCGCAACCGACACUUGCUGAUCCACAAGGAAAAAGCUUACAAAUGUGAUAUCUGCGAGAAAGCCUUCAGCAACGGGUCGGACAGGAACACACAUGUGUCCCAUGUGCAUCUCAAGGUGCCCUGGCCCAAGCGGAACCGAGGGACCAGUGGAAAGGCUGCGAGACCAGAGAAGGAGGCCUACGAUGAGUGAAGUGAACCAAACAUAAGUGCAGUGUUCAGUGACAAUGAGUGCUAAAGUGUCAAAAUACAGUUCUUGAUACCUCCUCCGAGAAGUUAUUAUCAACAUUAUAAACCCAUCACUGGCCAACACGGGUUUCUCAGCAUGAAAAGGAUAUGGUUGGAGCCCACCAUGCCGGCCAAGUUCGGAUCGCUAGACUACCUACAUCUUUUGGGAAUAUCAAUGAGAUGCAAGAAAGCUAGUGAUAUUUUCAUUGCUCAAAUUAAAAACACACAUAACUCUGAAAACUUUGAGGUGCAUGCGGGGAAUCGAACUCUGUAUGUCUAUGAAAAGGAGGCCGAAUCAUCUUUUACCACUAAGCUAUUACUGCUACCAUAAAAACUAGGUAUUGUGGAUACAUUAUAAAGUGCUGCAUUAGAACAGAAGUGGCAAUGGUGACGGGAUAACUUGCAAGGAGUCCAUGUCAGUUGAAAAAAAUAGGGGUUGAUGAUAUGUAAAAGGAGGUCAUGGAUAGUGGAUCUCAUUUUAGAAGGUCGUGUCUUUAAUUUUGGAAUUUCAAAUAAAAUAUAUGGUUAGAAAGUUAAAUUUGUUUAAAAUCGAGUAGCACAAUAUUCUUGUGGAGAAAAGUUAUCGAGGUUGCUUAAAAAAAAAAAAAGUAUGUGUACCUAUGUAAAAUAAAAAUCUUUU